AUGCGUCUCAAACAUGUGCGUCGAGACGGCAGCGCGGUCACCGCGGAACUCGACCGGGCACAUUGGACACACGCUGCUAAAGUGCUGAUCAGAGCGCUCGCGGUGCUGCUGCUCCAGAAUGAAGAUCAGACGCUCGGUCUGCAGCAUGCGACGCAGCUCCUGGUCCUCAGGCAGGAUAUCGCUCAACAGAUAGUACAUCUCGUCGGGCUUGUCCGUGUGCUUAUCGUUGAUGCUAGUGGUGUAAUCUUCGAUGGGCUUGCCACGCAUCACAUUGCGCCAAUGCUCGAGGUA